AUGGAAGAGCUAGGGUUGCCAGAGCAGUUGUAUCAGACAGGGUACGAACCAACUGGGCGUAAACGGAUUAAUAAUUACUUCAAUUUGAGGUGGAUUGAGGUUAUCAAAGAAUCACUAACCGUUGCGCAGCAGGAGAUGUUAGCAGAAUCCCAAUUCCGCCUGAUAAUGCAGAUGGGGUCCCAUACAUUUUCAGUUAUGUUUGCACACCAGUUGUUGGCGCGCCAGUUGGUUACCCGGAAGAAGUACGAACUAUGGUGGCGUUUUGCGGGGAAACCAAUAAGGUAUGGUAUUGGAGACUUUGCUUUAGCAACGGGUCUUAACUGCGGGAUCCCUCCAUCAACUGGUGAUGGUAGUCAGGCUGCAGUAAGAGGGAAAAAAAAGGGAAAAUCAAAGGGCAAGCAAGUCGUUCCCGAGGGAGGGGUGUGGAUGUCGUUGUUUGGGAAGGAGGAUAAGAUUACUCCGGAGUGGAUUGUCCAGCGGUUGGCACAGAAAGACAAAUGCAAAGAUGAAGAAACGAAACUACGUUUGUCACUUCUGUUGCUAGUGGAAGGGAUUUUGUGUCCAACCAGUGGGUGUACGCAGAUAAGACCUGAAGUUGUGGAGAUGCUUGCGGAUUUACAGAAGUUCCUCGACUAUCCAUGGGGCCGCGAGUCGUUUGUUUUAACGGUCUCAAGUGCGAAGCCAAGAUCGGCUUCACAAUAUGCGCAAGACACAGUGGCAAUUCAAGGAUUUGCACAUGCUAUUGUCCUUGUUACCAUAUGUUGUUGUCCCCAGAUUAUAGUUGAUUCAAGGGCAGCUGAAGAAUUGUUGGACGACUCCCUACCAGUCGAGGACAUAGUUGAUGGUGUGUGUGCGCGGAGUGUCAGGAUAAAUGUUGUGACGGUCCAAACUAUGGAGACUAUUGGCAUGGCUAAUGUGAGGUCACUCCUAUGCGAAGGUUCUGACAUUCCCCCAUUUCCUGAUGAAGUCGACGAUUUCGAAGUGGGGAACCUUCUUGCAUUGAUUCGGGAGAACUUCCCUUUCGAGCUUAAUACAUGGCGGGGUGGUGUAAAGGCUACAGAUGCACGUCAGGGUAGAGGAGUUGGUGGCCCAUCAGGCAUCGAGGGCGAGGAUGGAGUUGCGGAUGAACGGUAUGAUCCAACCCAAAACUUAAACAACCCCCAGAGAGACGGUCGUGAUGUCGAUCGUAUAGCACGUGCUGCAGCGGAUGCGGUUGUGGCACAAGCGAUGCCAAUGUUUGAGGGUUACGCGGUUAAUAUCAAAAGUCACGUGCUGCGAGAAAUAUCGUUGUUUAAGGAAACCAUCGGCGGGGAAAUGAAACUUGUCAACCGUGAGCUAGUUGAAUUUCGUAAGCUUCUGAUUCCACAAUCAGCGGGAGGAACAACAAUGUAUCAGGAAACACGUAGAGCAUCACCUAGAAGCAGAGACGCCGAUGGUGAAACGAGUAACCUGCCUAAUUUCAGCGACGAAUUGCGGGAGGAUGCGACUGCAGGAUGUGGAAACCAAGGCAUUGUCAACGAUGAUGGAACACCCACAGAAACAGAAGCUGGCCAACAAGGUAACGGUGGCGACGGCGCGUCGGGUAAGGAGAAGGCAAUUGAUGUACUUUCUGAUUGUCUGCAUCCGGAUGAUGCAGUGAACAUGGUUUUGGAUUCCUUAAGAGUUGAAGAGGACGUUGAAGCAGAGGGCAUUUCACGCGAAGAGGUCUCCCCAGUUAGAAGUGCGGAAACGGAAGUUGCCCCCUCCGCAGACAUUUCAACAUAUCCGUUGCCUGAAGAGGUUACCCCUACUAAAGUGGCCCCAUCCCCAAACAUUCCAACAGAAGCGAUGCAGCAAAAUAGUAGCGUAUUCAUUUUCGCACAGCAACUUAUUCAUAGAUAUAUUUAUCAGGAUGUUACCCCUAUUGAACCUGUUACGGACGUAUGUGACCAGGAAGCUAAUCCCACGGAGGUCGAUAUUGUUUCUCUUAAUGAACAACAUCGUGAGUCGGCUUGUGUGGAUGCGACAGGAGAAACACCUCAGACGCCAACGGCCGCUUGUUUGGGAUCCUCAUCUUCGCAACUUGAUCAGGGGAACAUUGGUGCAGACGAAGGGGGUGAACAACCUCAGCAACUAGAGGUAACCAACCAUGAGAAGCGUGUUAGUAAACGCCUAAGAAUUACUACAGUCAGAUAUACUCCGGAAGAGGACGCGGCAAAGAAAGCAAAGGGGAACCAAAAAAAGAAGAAAAAGGUGGCCCCCCGUGGGAAAGGGCGUAAAACGAAGGAGGAAAACGUUGUUGAAACGGGGAAUGUUCCAGUUGAAGAUAACAACCCACCUCCGUUUCUCACUACCGCAGGCCCUAUUGGACCUCUUAUUGGUGGCUUUUCCCCUGUUCCCGGGCUAAAUGGAUUCCGACUAGCAGCGUUUACAACCCACAUUCUUUUGCAAAGGGAUUACACAUUGGGGAACGGUCUUGUUGUUCCCAAUACGGUCUUUCGAGAUUUCUUUCAAUCUUCGAGUCCGCAGACAGUUCAGGCAGCUGACAUGGUAGUUAGUUUUAUUCGGAAAAGGGUUCGUGAUGCGGGAGUAACCACCUAUGAUUUUCUGCCUGCCUCUUUCCUGAUUUCGCUCCGUCUUGAAUAUGGACAGUUCAGUCUUGUGAACGAUAUUGCAAAGUUCAGCUUCUCGAGUUGUUUUGGCAAAGACGGCAUGCCUGCAAUGCGGUGGGAAAGUAGUGUUACCGUUCUAUACUGUCCUUUUCAGUUAGACGGCCGCCAUUGGGUUGGGGUCGUUAUCGAUAUAGAACAGUGGUCGGUCACCAUUUUAGACUGCAAUAGUGUGGUUGUCCCAGUUGAGAGAAUGGGAGAAAAUCUCCAACCCCUUAUCCAGCUCUUCCCCUAUCUGUUACCGCUAUAUGGCUGUGCCCCUAAGAUGGAAGGGGGAAUUGUUGCACCGCUUUCUGUUAUGCGCGUAGAACCCCCGAUGUUGGCAGAACCCACAGGUUUAUCAUGUGUUGCUAGUCUUCUACUUCUCGAACUACAUGCAACAGGUUCCAUGCAUCAGGCUUCCAGUUUGAAUGUUGAUGUACUCUCGGUGGCGGCGAAGUCUUAUGCAGUUGCUGCAUUGGAAGCAUUUUACCCCAACGUCAUUCCGUGA